ACUGGUGUGGCUACAUGGCUACGUCUCUCUUCUCCCACUUCGACUCGGCCCUAUCAAAAGCCAGGAAAGCUCUUCCACACCGCACUCUCGCCUUCCAUCUUCCCCUCCUCUUCCCCCACAUCCAGCCGCGAAUCAUUCCUUGCUCAGUUGCUUCCUCCCUCCUGCUGUUCCCUCCACAGUCCACUCCACUUAUCAGCCUGCUGCUUAGUUUUUGACUGAUUGGCGGAGUAGCUGCUGUUUCUUGCUCCUGUUCUUGCGUUCAGGCCAGUGCGAAUUCGAAGCUGAGCCUUGAGAGGCCAAGAAGCAAGUACGCAAGGGAAGUGGGGAUGGAGAGGUACGAGGUGAUCAAGGACAUAGGAUCGGGCAACUUCGGGGUGGCCAAGCUGGUCCGGGACGUGAGGACCAAGGAGCUGUUCGCCGUCAAGUUCAUCGAGAGGGGGAUGAAGAUUGAUGAGAAUGUCCAAAGGGAGAUCAUGAACCAUAGAUCGCUGAGGCAUCCAAACAUAGUUAAAUUCAAGGAGGUUGUGCUAACUCCCACACAUUUGGCCAUAGUUAUGGAAUACGCUGCUGGCGGCGAGCUAUUCGAAAGGAUCUGCAACGCUGGAAGAUUUAGUGAGGAUGAGGCAAGGUUCUUCUUUCAACAACUGAUCUCAGGAGUUAGCUAUUGCCAUUCCAUGCAAAUAUGUCAUAGAGAUUUGAAACUAGAAAAUACUCUCCUGGAUGGUAGUAUAGCACCUCGGCUAAAGAUAUGUGAUUUUGGUUACUCCAAGUCGUCUUUGUUGCACUCUCAGCCAAAGUCAACUGUUGGCACACCAGCUUACAUUGCUCCUGAGGUCCUUGCUAAAAAAGAAUACGACGGAAAGGUCGCUGAUGUUUGGUCCUGCGGAGUAACUCUGUAUGUGAUGCUUGUCGGUGCUUAUCCCUUUGAGGACCCAGCCGAACCGAAGAAUUUCCGCAAGACACUUACUCGGAUUCUCAGCGUACAAUACGCCAUUCCUGAUUAUGUCCGAGUUUCAAUGGAGUGCAGACAUCUGCUGUCCCGGAUUUUCGUCGCAAACCCUGAGCAACGGAUAAUCAUCCCGGAGAUCAAGAACCACCCGUGGUUCCUGAAGAACCUGCCUAUCGAGAUGACCGACGAGUACCAGAUGAGCGUGUUGAUGACCGACGUGAACGUCCCCACGCAAAGCCUGGAGGAGAUCAUGGCCAUCAUACAGGAGGCGCGGAAGCCCGGCGACGGACUGAAGCUCACCGGGCAGCUGCCGGGCCUAGGGAGCAUGGACCUCGACGACAUUGAUUUCGACGACAUUGACGUCGACGACAGCGGCGACUUCGUGUGCGCGUUGUGACGAGCAAAUGGUUUGGUUCAAGCCGUCAGGCGAACUCUCUUCUGGUAUUGUGUUCUGCUGUUGAUCCACGUUGUUUGUUUCAGAGAGCUCCCAUUUUGUUGUUGUACUAUAACAUAUUUUCUGGUAGUGACGCUGUGGAUAAAUAAUAGACUUUUGUAAUUUACAUGUUGUGUUCUUGCUGAA